AAAAAACAAACAAAAAAACCGUAUCUACCUUUCCUUUCAUUUGUGGUUCCUCUCUUUCUCUCUCUAAGCACACCACAGAGCAGAGAGAAACUGUAACCAGAGAUACCUCAAAUCAGCCAUGGCUUUCUCCUCCGAGGAGCGCGACAACUUGGUCUACGUUGCCAAGCUAGCCGAGCAAGCUGAGCGCUACGAUGAAAUGGUAGAUGGCAUGAAGAAGGUGGCGAAGCUGGACGUUGAGUUGAGUGUGGAAGAGAGAAACUUGUUCUCUGUUGGGUACAAGAAUGUGGUGGGGUCACGGAGAGCUUCAUGGAGGAUCCUGUCAUCGAUAGAGCAGAAAGAGGAGUCAAAAGGGAAUGAAUUGAAUGUUAAGCGUAUAAGGGAUUACAGGCAGAAGGUGGAGUUGGAGCUGUCCAACAUUUGCGGUGACAUUAUGAUAGUUAUAGAUGAGCAUCUAAUCCCAUCUACUAAUAUUGCGGAGUCCACAGUGUUUUAUUAUAAGAUGAAAGGGGAUUAUUACCGGUAUUUAGCAGAAUUCAAAGCUGGUAAUGAAAAGAAAGAGGUAGCAGAUUUGUCGCUUAAAGCAUAUCAGACAGCUUCUACCACUGCUGAGAGUGAAUUACAACCUACACAUCCUAUCCGAUUGGGUCUGGCUCUAAAUUUCUCUGUGUUUUAUUAUGAGAUAAUGAAUUCACCUGAAAGGGCCUGCCACCUUGCAAAGCAAGCCUUUGAUGAUGCUGUCUCAGAGCUGGACACCCUGAAUGAGGAAUCUUACAAGGACAGUACCUUAAUUAUGCAGCUGUUGAGAGACAACCUUACUUUAUGGACUUCUGAUAUCCCAGAAGAUGGUGAGGACCAAAAAAUGGAAAGCUCAGCCAAGAGUGGCCAAGGAGAAGAUGAGGGGGGCCGCUAAUCCAUCAUCUUGCCAUAACUACUAGAUUGAUGUGUUAAUUUUUCUCACUAGCAUAUUUUAUCCGCAAUGGUGAAGCCUCUAUAUGGAUGAUGCACCUCAUCAACUUUGAGUUAUUGUUAUUUUAGAGUGAGAGCGUGUAUUUGAAUCAUGUGCUUCAUUUGCAUCCUAUUGUUGGCUAGUCUUGUUUAUGUUUGUGUAACAAUUACACCAUUGGUUUGCAAAUGCAUGAUUCCACUAUUUGUAUUCUGUUAUAAUUAAGAUUAGUUCUUGGGUUUACCCUUGAAAAAUUGAUCAUAAAUGA